AUGUCUUCAGUGGGAGCACACCAGAGCAGCAAUCCCUACGAGCAUUACGACGCGCCCUCCGUUGACGACGAUCUAAUAGAUCCUGAUGAUGGUACAGCUUCCCAGAUCGAUUGAGACUCUUUCAGAACUGCACUGAUGAUAUAGCGACCCUCGACGACCUCGAAGACCCGGUAUCAAACUCCGAUCGCGCUCCUCUAACCGGCCGCAUCACCUCCGACCAAGCGAACCAGAACACCAGAGCAGCCAACAAUGCACAGGGCUACCUUAACUCGGCAAUGCCGGGAGAAGAUCGCCGCGCUCCUCUCGACACACUUGAUGAAUCCGUAUGGGAUACGCUCAAGAGAGAUCUACUUGCAGUCUGGGAGAAGAUGAGGCAGGUGCUGUAUCCCAAAUACCUCCUGGGCGGAAUGAUGGCUCGCGAUGGCGGGUUGGAGGGUGGAGAAGGAGGUGCAGCAAGAGCCCUAGGACAAGUGAGAGGGUUGGUUGGAAGAUGGCCCGAUGUAGACGAACUGUUGCAGGGUGGUAUGAGCGAGGGCUUGAGAGAUUGGGAUCUCUGGUAUUGCGUCCCCGAUACGUGCGUGAGGAACAGAAUACUGACGGCGGCGAUAGGGGACCGCUACUAUUUUGCUUGCUGCUAUCUUUCCUGCUGAGCCUCAACGCGAGAGAUGGCCAAAAGGAGUAUGUCUUCAGCGGUGUCUUCGCGACAAUCUGGAUCGGAGAAGCCAUUGUCACGCUGCAAAUCAAGCUCUUGGGAGGCAACAUGUAAGUCUUUUUCAACUGGUUGGCCUAGUUGGAACUGACCAUGGUCGCAGUUCCUUUUUCCAAUCUGUGUGCAUCAUCGGCUACACACUAUUUCCACUGGUCAUUGCCUCGCUGCUCAGCGCUCUCGGCAUACCGAUGAUUGUGCGGAUACCAGUCUACAGUGUUCUUGGCCUCUGGUCGCUCUCAGCCGGCGUGAGCAUUCUGGGCGGAAGCGGAGUGGUCAAGAACCGAGUGGCUCUUGCAGUAUACCCGUUGUUUGUGUUCUACAUCGGCGUGGACUGCUUAUGCUUCAUUUCGUAG